AGCCCGGAUACUAGGGCAUGCAAUGCAACUAAGCCAUCACACAUUCGUCAGUUUCUUCACGCAUCUAAACCUAAAAGACUCCUAAUGAUUACAUAUAUUACGUUACUAGCACCUUUCAGUUAGCAUUAAAGCUUUGCUAUAUAAUAACAAGCUCAUAGAAAAUGGUUUACAUAUAAGUAAGAAAUGGGUAAGAACAACACCAAUAUCCUUACGCAAUCUACAGUUCUUGCAAUGGUUUUAACCGCUGCAAUAAUGGUGAAAGAAGUUUCAAGUCUUACCAUUUGCAAAAUCGACAUAAACGAUAUGCAGAAAUGUCGGCCAGCCGUCAUUGGAAUCAACCCCCCGCCUCCGGUCAACGAGUGCUGCGUAGUGGUCCGAUCCGCUAAUCUGGAAUGCUUCUGCGGAUUCAAGUUUUAUCUCCCUAUUUUAGGAAUUGAUCCAUCUAAAGUUGCGGCUCUUGUAGCCAAAUGUGGCGUUACAACAAUCCCUCCUAGUUGCCAAGUUUGAAGAAUGGAGCUUGAGACAUGUCUCUAUGGUGCUGCAAGUGUUUGUUGGGUCUUGUCCUGCAUCUGAUCUGAAUAUCUGAUGUACUGAAUUUACGAUGUUUUUAUUGUUCUAAUCCAAAUAAAUCAAAGAAUUGUAAUGAUGUUCAAUAUACCUUGUGUUGUGUAUAGAGGAAAACCAUGUUCUAUAUAUCAUGAAAAUGGUAAAGCAUAAUCAGCUAUUUGUUUC